AGAUUUAGACACACCCCAAACAUUCCAAAGCAGUCCCCUUCCUUUCUAUCAAAUUUACCAAGUUUUACCAAUCCAUGGCCUCUCGCUACGAAGUGGAGGUGAAGAUCUCCUCAGCCAGGGACCUCAAAAACGUGAACUGGCGCCACGGUCCGAACAGGCCCUACGCCGUCGUUUGGGUCGACCCGAAAAACAAGUGCUCCACCAAAGUCGACGAGGGUGGCGACACGUGUCCUAACUGGGACGAGACACUUGUCCUCCCCAUACCAGGCCAAAUCGACGACUACUCCAGUCUCUACAUCGACAUCGUCCACGCCGGCUCCGAGGACGGGACCAAGCCGCUCAUCGGCUCAGCUCGGCUCAAGCUGACCGAGGUCCUCGAUGACGUGGGCUUCAACGGUCGGGCCCAACGGUCGCUCCAAGUGAAACGGCCAUCCGGUAGGCCCCACGGGAAGGUCGAAGUCAAGGUUGAAAUCAGAGAGCCGCGCUACCGUGCGCCGGACCCCUACUACGCGCCGCCGUACGGGGCGGGCUCGAGGUCGAGAGACUACGCUGCUCCGCCGGCGUACGGUGACCCAUACGCCGCCCCACCUCCGCCUCGGGAUCCUUACUACGCGGCUGCUCCGCCAGCUGGGUACCCUUACAGCGGGUACAACCAGCCAGCACCACCUGUACAGUACAGUCAGCCUAGCUACGGGCAGCAGAAUUACGGGCAGCCGAGCUACGGUCAGCAGAACUACGGGCAGCCUGUGGAGGAGAAGAAGAGUAAGUUCGGUGGUAUGGGGACAGGAUUGGCUGUGGGUGCGGUCGCAGGAGUUUUGGGUGGAAUCGCAUUGGUCGAAGGAGCUGAAUACGUGGAAGACAAGAUCGCUGACGAUGCGGCUGAUAGGGUGGAGGAAAAUCUUGACGACGACGGUGAUGAUGGUGGAUACGAUGGCGAUGAUUACUAGACAAUUUGUGAUCUGAAGCUGGUUUAGCCCUUUUAAAUUUUAAUGUUUUUUUUUUAUUCUCUGCUUUUUUUUUUUUUUUCUUUUCUUUUUUUGGUUUUGAAGUAUUCGAAAAUGCUUUGCUUUAAUGGAUGGACCAGACCUGGACUGUGAACUAAAAAAAAGAAUGUGGGCCCUAGGCUAUUGUUAUUGAUGUCAUCUGCUACGUUAAAAUUUGAGGUAAAGUUUAGGACUUUGGCUUGA